AUGGCGCUCUCGCUUCAGUCUACGUACAAGCUGGUCUCCGGCUAUGAAAUCCCCGUUGUCGGAUUUGGGGAACGCAAAUUGACUUUGCUACCGCAGGUCGACAGCGCCAAAUACUACGAGAACGAGGCGGAGUGCGCUGAGGCCAUCCGCAAGUCAGGAGUGGACCGAUCGCAGAUCUUCUACACCAGCAAGGUGCCUCGGGGAAUGAUGGGAUACGAGUUGGCAAAGCAGGCAAUUGAGGAAAGCAUCGCAGCGGCGAACCUGGGUUAUAUUGACUUGAUGCUGCUCCACGCACCCUACGGCGGGAGGGAAGGCCGACAAGGCGCAUGGCGCGCACUGGUGGAGGCACAGAAAGCGGGCAAGAUCCGGUCGCUCGGUGUGUCGAACUUCGGCAUCCAGCACCUCGAGGAGCUGGAGACGUACAUCCAGAGUGGCGUGGGCGGCCAGAUCACCGUGGGCCAGUACGAGAUCCACCCCUGGUGUCCGCGCGAGGACAUCGCCGAGUGGUUCCGCAAGCGCAACAUCGUGGUCGAGGCCUACUCGCCCCUGGUGCAGGCGACGCGGAUGCAGGAGCCGGUUCUGCGGAACCUGGCUAAGAAGCACAGCAAGACCCCCGCGCAAAUCCUGAUCCGCUGGAGCUUGCAAAAGGGAUAUGUGCCCCUGCCCAAGUCGGUGACCGAAUCGCGCAUCGUGGAGAACGCAGAAGUCUUCGAUUUUGCGCUGUCCGAGGAGGAUAUGGCCAGUCUGCAGCUCGACUCGUAUGCGCCCGUGUGCUGGGAUCCGGUGCGGGAAUGUAAGAUCUAA